AUGAACCUUGUCAUUGAGGUUGACAGCCUGGGAUUGGUCUCCAAGAUCCAAGCAGCCGAGGUUAUCAACUCGGAGAUUGGAGUGAUUUGCAGAAGCAUCCGCCGGUUGCUCGAAGAGUCAGGGACAGGAACUUGGCAGCAUGUCGGUCGUGACGGGAAUAAUGCAGCUCACAUUAUGGCACAUACAGAAACGAGAUGGAAUGAGUGUAUUGUUUGGAUGGAUAACCCUCCUUUCUUUUUAGUUGACCAGUUACAGCUGGAUAAUGUAACCGCCAACACUGGUUAA